AUGACCACACUCAAUCAACAAACGUCUCUUAAACCCAGUUUCGAAGAGGACGACAAGAUCGCCGCAAGUGUUGAGCUUCAAGCAGUCGACGAAGAUGCUGCUCCCAGUGUACCGGAAAACAUUCGUGGUCUCACCGCCGACGAGCUCAAAGCUAUCGAGAAGAGGAUUAUCCGUAAAGCCGAUCUGAUCAUCAUGCCUGUCAUGGGACUUCUUUACAUCCUCAACUACGUGGACCGACAGAAUCUUUCCGCUGCCAAGCUGCAAGGCAUCAUGACCGACCUCAACAUGGACACUCAGCAGUUCGCCACAGCUGUAUCUAUCUUGUUUGUUGGCUACCUGCCUUUCCAAAUUCCUUCUAAUCUCCUCAUAUCUCGUCUCUCUCGACCCGGCAUGUAUAUCUGCUGCGCCUGUGCCAUCUGGGGUGUUCUAAGUGCUUGUACGGCUGCUGUACAGACAUAUGGCCAGCUUCUCGCCGUUCGAGCCAUCCUUGGUGUCGUAGAAGCCGUCUUCUUCCCCGGUGCUAUCUAUCUCAUGAGUGCUUGGUACACAAAGAAUGAAUUGGGCAAGCGCAUCGGCGGUCUUUAUAUUGGGCAACAAAUCGGUAAUGCCUUUGGAGGUCUCAUAGCAGCAGGAUGCCUCAAGCUCGAUGGUACCCGGAACAUCGCUGGGUGGAGGUGGCUAUUCAUUGUCGAAGGUGCCGCUACUGUGGGAAUUGCUUUGAUCUCAGCUUUGAUCUUGCCCGAGUACCCUUACAAUGCUCGUAUCCUGAAGCCUCUCGAGCGCGAAGUCGCCGUCUGGCGUCUUGAGAAGGAAGCUGGUGCCGCCGAGGGUAACGAGACCACUGGCACCUGGGCCGGAUUCUUGCGCAGUUUCGAAGACCCCAAGCUUUACAUGCUUAUCUUCUGCAACUUGAUGUCUCAGAUGCAGGGAUCAAUCGCCAACUUCUUCCCCACUAUCGUCAAAACUCUUGGGUACAGCUCAAACAUCACCUUGCUAUUGACUGCACCUCCCUACGUCUUUGCAGCAUUCUAUUAUAUGGGACUCACCUGGUGGAGUGACAAAACAAACCUCAUCUAUCCUUUCAUCGUUGGGAACAUCUUCCUCGCCACCUGCACUUAUAUCGUCCCGAUGGCUACACUCAAUAUCGGAGGACGCUAUGCCGCCAUGAUGCUUAUGCCUUGCACCAGUGUCGGCCCUCAGCUUCUGCUCUACAAGACCAUCAACCACCACAUGCCCAGACCUGUCGCCAAGCGAGCUGCCACCAUUGCUAUGAUGAACAGUAUUGGCGGUACUGCAAACAUCGGUGCAUCAUAUCUUUGGUUCGCUGGCCCCCGCUACUUUGCCGCUUUCGGUGCUUUCAUUGGCGCUGCUUUUCUGUUCUUUCUUACUAUCACUGGCUACAAGUUCUACGUCAAACACGAGAACAAGAUGCUCGAUGGAACACCAGAGCAGGUCCAAAAGGCCAUGAAGAGAGGUGUCACUCAGGAGCAAGUGGCCAUGGAAUGGCGAUACGAGAGUUUUUAG